UGUGACAGUAGACGCACAUUAUUUAAAAAAAAUAGUGAAGCUGUCAAAAAUAGAUGCAAUAACAAAACGUGCGUGAAUUUUUUUUUCCAAGAUAUUCGAUAACUUUGUUAGAAUAAUGACACUUUUAGAUAAUAACGAUGAAAAAACUGUGGGCGUACCAUCAAAAAAUCUAGAGAAGAAAAUUCAACGAAAACAAAAGCGAUUUCAACAUAUGAUAGGUGCUGAUGCAGGCGUCAUUUGCUGUGAUCAACCAAGUCGCAACUUGGUGGUAUGCAAUGCUGGACUAUCGACUGGACUCGAUCAAACUGCAUUAGUGUCUGAAUUCUCCAAAUACGGUGACAUAAUCGACGUGUGUCUGCUGCUUAAUAAAUCUUAUUGUUUUGUGGUUUGCGCCGAUGAAGCUAAUGCAAUUAAAAUUUACGAAGGUACUCAUGCUAAGAGUCGCCUCGGACAGAAUGAUACAGUCAUUUAUUUAACAUAUUCCACAGGAGUGCCAACAAAAAUGGUCAAUGAUCAGAGUCAGCUAAAUCUACCGCCGGGCCUUGUAAUCAUCGAAGAUUUUAUAACACCAGCCGAAGAAGAAAUGCUAGUCAAUUUAAUCGAAUGGAAACCAACAGAAGAGCAGAACAAUUCGAUUUUGAAGCAUCGACAAGUGAAACAUUUUGGCUACGAAUUUCGAUAUGACACGAACAAUGUUGAUGUUGACCAACCUUUAGUCGAUGACAAAAUACCGGAUCAAUGCAAUUUUCUUUGGGAUAAAUUUCGUGAUCGAAAAAUUAAUAAUGUUUUAAAUGAACCGCCGCAUCAAAUAACGGUUAAUAAAUAUGAACCGGGUCAAGGAAUUCCACCGCACGUUGACACUCAUAGCGCAUUUGAAGAUGCAAUUGUUUCACUGUCACUGGCCAGUGAUAUUGUAAUGGAAUUCCGAAAGCCAAUCAUUUCAAACGCAAAAGAAUAUAUAUCACAUGUUUCAAUAUCAUUGCCGCGACGAUCAUUGAUUAUUAUGUCGGGUGAAUCGAGAUAUGGUUGGAAACAUGGCAUAACACCCAGAAAAAUUGAUGUCAUACGAGAUGCUGAUGGUCAUCUUACUACGAAAUUUCGAUCCAAGCGCAUUUCAUACACAUUUCGUUGGCUGUCCAAAUUAUCGGAAUGUAAAUGUGAGUACUAUUCGCUUUGUGAUACAUAUCAAAAACGCAACUCAAAAGCGAAUAGCACCAAUAGUUCAAUUGAAAAUCCAUCAUUGUGUGAACUGGAGAAUGUACACAAAGUCUACAACGAAAUUGCGAAUCAUUUUAGCGAAACUCGACAUUCACCAUGGCCACAAGUUGAUAAAUUUAUACAAGAAUUUGAAGAGGGUAGUGUUCUUGUUGAUAUUGGAUGCGGCAAUGGCAAAUACUUGCAAUCGAAUCGGAAUAUUUUUGAGAUUGGAUGCGAUCGCAGUGAUGGCCUCUUGAAUGUGUGUCGUGAGCGUGAAUUCAAUAUAUUUCAAUGUGAUUGCCUAGCAGUUCCAAUACGUUCAAAUUCCGUCGACGGGUGCAUUAGUAUCGCAGUGAUUCAUCACCUGGCAUCUGAAGAGCGGCGAUUACAUGCUAUCGAAGAAAUGAUUCGAAUAUUACGACCCAACGGUCGUGGAUUGAUUUAUGUAUGGGCAAAAAAUCAAGCGCUAAAAACCAAAUCCAGCUAUUUACGACAAAACAAACGAAAUAACCGGAAAACUGAUGAUGAUGAAAAUGGUGACGAUGAAAAGAGUGUGGUGAAAAAUACAACAGAAAUUGUUGGACAACAUAGCGAUUCAUCUCUACCAAUUCAUACGAAUCGUACGCAAUUUGAACAUACGGACAUAUUGGUGCCAUGGAAAUUGAAAAAUCCAACAAAUGCAAACAUGGUAGAAGAAAAAAAUAAUGCAAGCGCUCAACAGCCAAUGACUUUUCUUCGAUUUUACCAUGUUUUUGAAGAAAACGAAUUAGAAACACUUUGUAAGCGAUUUGAGAAUAUUUCCAUUGAAAAAAGUUAUUACGAUCAAGGGAACUGGUGUGUGAUUUUUCAAAAGAAGACAACGAGUUGAUGAAAUAUAAUCAGUAUAAAUCUAUUCAAUUGUCAUCAUAGAGAUUUGUUGAGAUAUAAAAAUCUUUACACAAAAAAAAUGUCCGCAAAUUUUUUUUUUCGAUUUUAUUAACUUCAAAAAAAUAACAAAUAAUCCCUUGCCAUAUAUGGUUUUCAAGUA